AAAUGGGUCGCGUUGCCGUGACAACGGUGUGAGGGGCCCGGGGCCAUGGGGGAGCUGGGGCUGGAGGCCGCGGCCGAGAACACGUACAGCCUGCGGCCCGCCGGCCAGCGCAAAUUCAGGUCUUCAGCGGUAAAAGAGUGCAUCCACGCCAUACUGAAGGAGGAGCUAGCCAACGUGCAGUACAGCCCGGAGGAGACGCCGCAGCUCACAAAGCAGUUAUCCGAGACCAUUAAGGACAGGCUGAAAGAGAAGGGGUUUGACAGGUACAAAAUGGUGGUUCAGGUUGUGAUUGGAGAGCAGAGAGGUGAAGGGGUGAACAUGGCUGCCCGAUGCUUCUGGGACGCUGACACAGACAGCUAUGCACACGACGUCUUCAUGAAUGACACUCUGUUCUGUGUGGUGGCUGCAUUUGGGUGCUUCUACUACUGAUGCUGGUGAAGAUUGCAGAGAAGAGCUCACAAUCUUUUAGAGCAUUUCUAGUGUGGUUUUCUUCUGUAAUAUGUUUUGGAGGGGAAAAAAUGAGGCAAGCUACAUACUCAGUUGUUCAAAGCAGCAGACCUACGGUUGUAUAAAGCACACUCGCCAUCCCUCCAUAGAAUACAUGUGUUCACAGCUUCUCCUCUCUCCUCCUCGUGCUAAAUGUUGCUGUGUGGCCUGUUAAUAGUCUGUCAUCCUUUUUAACCUUCCCUUUGUACUGUGUGCAAAAAGGGAUUUAUCCAUCCCCACAAGCCAAGCAUCUUGCUCAGUCACUAGACAGUUCGUGUCUGCAGGCAUAUCCAACUUCUGUCUUGAAAUGGCCAAUUCCUUUCUAUGAGUAUCUACUUGUUUCUAUAAUGUCUGAACUAUUUAUGAGAAGCACAAUUAUAAUAAAUGUAAAUGUAUUUAUUUUA